UCCGGACUAAUAUCGCCCACUGUGCACUCAACCCGAACCCCAAACGCAGCGGUAUAAACGCAUUAUACCUUGACCGCUGGAGCACCCGGUGUGCUAGAUGAACUGUCAUAGAAUAAAGCUCUCUUCUUGGCGCGACAUUGAACUGAACAGACGUAAGCCACUGACUUCUGCGUAUAAUUAUUUGUGUGCUCUUCCGAAUUGUGCUAAAUCUUAUUAAAACGACCAAUUAACCUUCUGCCAACCGUAAAACGCUUGGUCGUUACAUCUCAGAAGUGGGAUUACCAACAAAAAUCGCCUGCAAAACCGCCUGCAAGCCGCCUAACAGCCUGUAUCCGUGUGUACCUGUGUACGUGUGUGUAUGACACAACGCCAUUUUCCAUCAUGCUGAGGAAAAAAGUACUUCGUCGGGCGCUUAUCGAGACCGGUGUCGACGUGCCGGAUUCCGCUACCGUCACACAAUUCCGACAGCUUUAUGCCUCCCACGAGCCGGUCGCUCGUUCCCCCCGUGCGGCGUCGCCCACUACCUCAGCGACGACACCGGCUCCCGCUUGUGCAAACCACCAAGAUGCCGCCAUUUUGUGCCUUCCAGAUUACAAUGGCGACGACGAUUUUGCGCAUCACGAAAAUGUUGCGAACACUGCCGCUUCGAUGCAAAAUACCACUGAUGCCGUUUCCGCCCUUCCUUCUGCCCAUGGUAUGGCCGCUGCCUUUCCCCGCGGCCCUGACGACAUCGAGGCCCAAUUUGAGAAGCUGCGACAGCAGCAGCAGCUUGCUGAAUUACGCCAAAAGGUGCACCAACUUGAAACACAGCAGCCAGCCGCCCUUUGCGUAAAGGACUUUGAAGCUUUCAUCGAGCCACUCGACGCCGAUAAGAACCCCAAUGUCAUCCGUUGGUUCCGCGACUUGGAGCGUCUCUUCGCACUUUACCGAGUGCGCGAUGCAGAUAAAUUUUUCUUCACCCUUCGGCUUCUCACCGGCACAGCCGCUAACGUCGCAAAAGAACUUGUUGUCACCACUUAUGAUGAGUUGAAGAAAGAGUUGAUCGACAAUCUUCACGUCGUUGCUACGCCCGAGUCCGUUUAUUGCCAACUCCGUAACCGUCGAUUGCGGCCCCAGGAAUCCGCCCUGCACUACUUGUUUGACAUGCAGCGCAUCGCAGACCAAGCCAGUAUCGCCGAUUCAGAACUGAUCCCGAUCGUCAUCGACGGCUUGGGAAGCCCGUCAAUUACGUCGAGUCUGCAUUUCAUGCCUCUUACGAUGAACGACUUCCGGAAGAAAUUGAAACUUUUCGAAUCUUGCCGUCAUCUUUGCACCACCCAGCCCCCUUCCGCUGAUGCCCGGGCCACAACGAACAGCUGUAUGGAACGGCCCCGCCCAUCGCAGGAACCCAUCCGCUGCUUCAACUGCUCCCGAUUCGGACACCUUCAGAACGCGUGCCCGCGACCUAAGCGCCCACCCGGCGGAUGUUUUCGUUGUUUCCAGACUGGACACGUCUACCGUAACUGCCCUGAACGUCGGGCCAACGCCACUGUCGAGGGCAAUACUAGUUCGGACGAAGCUCUCGCCACAAAUCAAGAGGAAGUCCUGUGAGCUUCAUUAGCGACACGAUAGUACCAGUUAAGAUGCUAGGACCUCUUUCCGCUACCGAAUACUGCACUAUGAUUAAGGGACCACUUUAUUCUCGAGGAAAGAUCGAUUGUACUAUCCGAUUUAAGAAUCAUUCCGUUCGACACUCUUUUAUUAUAUUACCUGGAAUUGCGUGGCCAGUCAUUAUCGGUCGCGAUUUACUGAACUCACUUAAUAUUUUUCUUACGUAUUCAUCUCUUACAACUUCAUGUAUUA